AUGGUCACACGAUCAGUCGGCCAGACGUUUUCUGGUGGUCUACCUCAUCCAACCCUUGAAGGCUCAGAAAUAAACAAGAACAAACAAACUCUCCUGAGUCCCCGCAAGGCGACAAAGAUAGCUACGAAUUCGCAGGGCACACGACAGAAAUCUCUUUUUGACAGGGAUAACAGUUGGAUUACUUGUCUCUCUUGGUUUCUUGAACCAGAAUGGAUUCCGAAGCUUGGGUAUACCAAGAUCUUCCCUUCGUUGGGCCACCAUGAGGUGUUCGAAGUUCACAACGAAAUUUUAGAUGUUCCAAUCAACCCUGGGGACAUGACACCUGUGACAUGGGCUUCUUUACUUUUUGGGAGGGACCUAUAUUAUUAUUGCAACAACAAAGGCGCGUCCAUCGACUUCGUACGCCGGCGCCGUCUAUGUAACCCAUGUAUCGCAGUACAACGGGAAAGACUGCCACGCAACCUAUACGGCUCCCAUGCAGGCCGAUACCCCCUUGCUGAGUUACAUGCCACUGCCAAGAUGAUUGAGGAUAUGCAGAGGACGGGGUCGAUGGAGGAGUUUGAGGAGAUGAAGAGGAGGAGUUUGGAGGAUGUUGAGCAGCUUUUGGGUAUUUUCCAAGACGGGGGAGUUGUCCAGACUCAAGUACUCACGUGUCGUGACUGGGGCGAAAUCAAACCAGACGUCCUCACCAUCCUCACAACCUGCAAAACCAAGCGCCUCGCAAAGGAACGCGAGCGCUUAAUAAAGCAACGCCGAUACACCCUCGACAAAGCUUACAAAUCCCACCAAUCUACACUCCCACCUUCAACCUGGGUGGACCUCCCGCCCACUUGGGCUUUAGAAGAGUUUCAGCCAAUUUCGGAGAUACUUAUGGACCCGAUCCGUCCGACGGAUCGGGUGUUGGAGAAGAGUGAUUUUAUGGAGGCGUUGAAGGCUUCGGUGGAUGAGGUUAAGGAGGUUUGGAGGAGGUAUCAGAAGGAUCAGAUGAGUAGGCGGUUACCUUACCCGACUACGAGUCAGGUGGAUUCGGACUCGGACACCCCACCCCCAGCCCAAGUCGACCUUGCCACGUCCGUAUUUUAUUGUCCAGGCUGCGGUACAAAUACGCCUCAGGCACCUUCCUCAUCAACCCAUGCUACAUAG